GAGUGAGGGUGUGCUUCAGAAUCUGCUGUAUUACUUUCCACGAAGAGGGGAGACAGGUGUUUAAGAUCAAGGGAAGCCUAUCAUUGAAAUAGUAUUUUUCAUCUUGUUUGGAUUUACUGGGGUGUUGAUCCUUACAUCUAAAGAUGUUAUGAAAAAGGCAAAGAUGGAGCUGGAAGAGACGGAGGCAUAUUCAUCACCGUCCUGGUCUCCCAUAGCAAGAGAGAGACUCGUUACGUAUGUCAACCUUUCAGAUAUUGCAGGGAAGAAAAGGAAACAGGACCCAUGCAGUGAUGUUGAAAUUUCAGCCCGAACCUCAGACGACUAUGAUGAAGAUGACUUUCCGGGGGAGCACACACAGGACACUGAGGGACCUUGUAACAAAAGGGUCAAACCAGUGGACAGAAGUAGUGGUGUUACAGGCAUUAUAACACCAGUGAAAACUCCUGCACUUAAACGCCUGGGACAGUCCAUUCAGCGGUCCAUCAGCUUCCGUACGGAAGCCCGCCCUCUGCCCCCAAUGGCAGUACGCACACGUCAGAAAGCCUCCUCGUUCCCACGGCGACGCAACAGCCAGCUGUGGAGUGACACCGUGGACAGCCUCAGCAGAGACAUGAGUGCUAAAGAGAUCAAGAGGCAGGAGGUAAUAUAUGAAAUGACGCAGGGGGAGAGGCAGCUGAUUGAAGACCUCAAUUUGGUCAAAAAGGUAUACUAUGAGCCUAUGCUUAAACUGGAGAUCAUGACUGAAAGUGAACUGGGGCGUAUAUUUGGCACACUGGAUUCUCUGAUUCCCCUCCAUGAAGAUUUCUUGAUGCGUCUGGAGAGCUUGCGAGGCUCUGAGAAGACUGUGGGAGAGGUGGGGCCGACCCUGCUCGAUUGGUUCCCUUGCUUGGAGGCCUACAUCACAUACUGUUGCAACCAGGUGGGAGCCAAGGCCCUGCUAGACCAGAAGAAGCAGGACCGCCGCGUGGAGGAGUUCCUGCGCCUCUGCCAGGAGUCGUCCUUCAGCCGCAAGCUGGACCUGUGGAACUUCCUGGACCUGCCCCGCAGCCGCCUGGUGAAGUACCCGCUGCUGCUCAAGGAGAUCCAGAAGACCACACCAUCCGAGCACCCCGACGAGGACACGCUGCCCCAGGCCAUGGAGCUAAUCCAGAGUAUUAUUACUGAGGUGAACAGUAAAACCGGGGAAGCAGAGUGCCAGUUUUAUAGACGGGGUCUGUGCUACCCAGAGGAGGGCCAGAGAGUUCCUGAGAUUCAGGCCUCUCGUUUCUUGUACUGCCACGGUGAACUAAAGAGUACCAAAGGACAGAAGCUGCAUGUGUUCUUAUUUGAGCUGGUGCUGGUUUUGACGCGGCCGUUGGUGCAGGACAAGGACAGCAUGGUCCAGUUUCAGGUGUACCGCCAGCCUCUCCCUGCUGCCCACCUCCUUUUGGAGGACCUGCCUGAUGGAGAGGGGGGUAGUUCUGGAUCCUUCCGUGGUGCCUUCACUGGUAAUGACAAAGUGAAGAAUUGUUUCCGUGUGAGUAGCAGGAGGCGCACCAAAGCUCAGUCGCACAGCCUGCAGGCAAGCGACUCCUUCAACAAGCAGCAGUGGAUUUCUUGCCUACGACAAGCCAUCAUCCAGUCACGAGACAGACACGCUCAAGCCAGCCAGUCAAAUGCCAUGGCCCGACUAAGCCCUGACCCUGCCCUGGAUCACAUUGCUGAACUGAGUCUGAAUUCUGAUGUGGAGAUGCCAGACACAUAGACCAGAUCUCAUACAGAGAUCCCAUCAUGUUAGUCACAAUGUUUUUCCAUCAGAACCACACAUGUUCAGUGAAACUAAUAACAUUUACGAUUUUGUUUCUGCCUGUGGUCUCGAAAAUAUUUAUCCGAUUGCUCGUCAUCUGAAAAGCAUGGAAGCCGUUCGAUUGCGGUGCACUCUGAGCCAAACAUGCACGCCAAGCGUAGCACAGCUUAGAUGACUUGGGGCUGUGUGUUAAAUUUAAGCGCAACUGUAUAUAGGUAAUCUGUUUCAGUGAAUGUUUGUUUGAUGCUUACAUCAAGUCCAUCUUCCUGUACUGUAUGAUCCUUCAGCACCUUGACUGAGCACCACUGAACAUUUGUGUGUGAAUGAUAUACUGUAAGUGUUUCUGGUUUUUGUCAAUGAUCUCUGAAGGUAAUGUUUUGUUGAGGAUUAAAUACAAAAGCAUUCACAUUCAA